UUACAGAAUAUGCCUUCCAAGAGCAUUAAUAUUGUUCAGAUUCUUCAUUUGACAAGCUACACCAUAAAACAGCAUCAGCUUUUAUAUGAAAUCCAAGAUCAAACAAAGCCAUUAGGUGUCGCAUAAUAUUUUUUUUCGAACUUUGAUUGGGUUGAGACUUGUUUGCAAUCCAGGUGACAAUAUUUCAAGAAAACUUUUCCUUUUGAUGGUUCUAGCAUAAGCAUGUUUUGCAGCUAAAAAACAGUAGACAAAUGCAACCAAAAGUAGCCGACCUUGUUUUCUGAGUUCGGAAAGUCCAAACAUCAUCGGCAGAUACUAAAAUAUCUCUCUAAGAAGACCACCCUGGCUGACAGUUUUGAGAUAUGAACUACUGAAGAGCAACUAGAAUCACCCUCAGAAUAAAUUAAUCAAAGUUAAAUGGCAUCGAAAAGAAGGGGAAUUUAGCAGCUCUAGCUUCCAGGGAGAGAGUGAGGGCACACAUUCCAUGCCAAGGAUUCAACAUUUCUUUGUCUGGUAGGUAAUGCGACGGAGAGACAGAAAAGGAUGAGACAAAGGCAUCCUCGGAGGAAGCUUAGAAAUAACAGGAAACAAAGAGUAUGGAAGUUGUUAAACUGCUAGAUAAAACCUCAACUGUCCACACCAAGGCAUAGUCUUCACCGAUGCAUAUGCUUUGUAACUAUCGGAUUCCUUAAAUUUAAUAAGCAUCUUCAUCUCCUCCUAGAAUUUUUUAACAUUGUUUACGACGAACAAAAAGUUGGGAAAGAGCGAGUUUUGGUUCAGUUUCAGAGAAAUGGAGAACUUGUCACGCAGCAGCAAAGCUUCUCAGCCUCAUUCCUCGGCUCCAUUGAAGCAAAGGCGGAGUGGUUAUGAGCCGUCAGAUACGGAGACUGAAUGGCAUGAAAGUCCCUGGCAUGAUCUCAACCGAAAGAAUGGAACAUCCAAUCUUGCAGAGGCAGAUAAAUUUAAGUCCAAUUUGCCAAGAAACAUUAUCCCUUUCAAACUCCGCCGAAGACAUCCUUCAAAGGUUGAAUAUGACAAAGGCUCUCCACCUAGAACUAGUCCGCUUCCAAGGAGACAUAGCAGCAAGUCUCCUUACAAGACAAGGAGAGAUGAUGAUAGAAAUAUCAGCCCCUUGUCAAAAUCUGAGCACCGAAGGCAUCUCUCUCCUUAUAAACCUGGGAGAGAGGAGCAUAAAUUGAGUAAUGAAAUGGGGAAUGGUGAGAUUGCUGGCUUAAACAGGAAGCAAAAUCGUAGAACUCCAACAAAAGAAGAAAGAGGAACAAUCGGAGAGCUUCUUGAGACUGGUAGAGUGAGUGGAAAACCGAACUAUAGUCGUCGAUCAGUGACUGCUCCAGCAAGACAGAGAGGUAGAGAGAAGGAUCAACUGAACAAUCUUGGUCAUGGUCAACUAGAGCAAAGAAGGGAAAGGACACCAUCACCAAUCUCAAUGAACAUGAUACGCAAGCAAAGAGAAGCUUCCCAGGUGAAACAACAAUCAGUCGGUGAAAUCAAUGAAAUGGUCGCCAAUGCAAAGAUUUCUAGAGCUCCUAUGUUAAAUGCUGCUAUUUUUGAAAGCUCAGAGUCCAUUUCGCCUGGUGAUAUCUUCUUUUCUCGUGAUGGUGUGGCCUUGACAAUGCAGAAGAAUGUCUUGCCAAAUAAUCGUGGCGUUGAAAAUCAUUUGCUCCCAAAGCCACCAAUGUUUGCGCAAAAAGAUUCUGCUUCCCAUCAACGAACAAAAGCUAAUGGAAAUGUUGAUUCCAAAGCUCGAGGGUCCUCAGCAAGCACUGGUUUAUCACGAACAACUAUGACUUCGAGUUCUGCUGCUAGCAGACAGAGUAGUGGUAAGCUUAGCACUGAAAGUAGUAAGAUGAGCGAUAGUAGUGUAAACUCAGGGAAGUUCACAUACAAUAGACGAAAGGGCCAGAGUGAGGCCUGGUUUGCUUGUGUGAUGAGAGGACCCUGCAGGACCUCAAAGAAAUCACCAGAAAGGCAAGCAUUUGAUGAGGCCUCUUUCAUUGGGAAAGCAUUUGUUGUUGAAAAGCUGAGGCAAUUUUGGGCUGAUAAAUAUCAACCAGCUUCUCUGAAUGGAUUCACUUGUCACAAACAAGAAGCUCAGCUUCUGAAGCAAUUUGCAUCCCAUGAGAGCUGUCCUCAUGUUAUGUUCAAAGGACCAUCUGGUUCUGGGAAAAGAGCACUAACAAUGGCUUUCCUGCGUGAAAUAUAUGGUGACCCUUGUUGGAAUGUAUCUCAUGAAUUAAGACAAUUCCCGAUUCAGGACAAAAGGCCAUCAGAAGUAACUGUUCCACUUGCUUCAAGUGCUCACCAUGUGGAGCUUAAUGUAAACUUGGAAACAAAUGCUAAAUAUGCAUUGAUGGGUUUAGUCAAGGAAAUAAGCAGCAAUUAUGCAAUCACCCCUGAAGUCAGCACUGCUAAUUUCAAGGCAGAUUACAAAGUUAUAGUUCUUUAUGAAGUUGACAAGGCACCAGAGAAUAUCCAUCACUUGAUAAAAUGGAUCAUGGACUGUCAUUCGGAUUAUUGUAAAUUUAUGCUCUGCUGUGAAGAUGACAUAAAUAUCCUAGAAUCAGUAAAGAAUCGCUGCAAAGUUAUAAAAGUAGAUGCCCCAGUAACUCAUGAAAUCAUGGAGGUGCUUAUUCAGAUUGCAAAGAAAGAGGACUUUGACCUAUCCAUGAACUUUGCUGCUAAGAUUGCUGCCAAAUCAAAGCAAAACCUCAGGAAAGCAAUCAUGGCUCUUGAAGCCUGCAAAGCACACAACUAUCCAUUUUCUGAUGAUCAACCAAUUCCUCUUGGAUGGGAAGAGGUCUUGGCAGAAGUUGCAACAGAAAUCCUGUCUGAUCCAUCACAAAAAAGAUUAUUCUUCAUUCGAGGAAAGUUUCAGAAACUUCUUGUGGAUUUUGUUCAUCCUAAACUGAUCCUCCAGAAGCUAGUAGAACAGUUUCUUAAGCAAGUUGAAGCUGGUUUAAAAAGGGAAUUAUAUUAUUGGCAUGCUUACUAUGAGAAGAGGCUACCGACAGGAACGAGUGCGUUAUUGAAAUUAGAAGAGUUUGUGGCCAAGUUUAUGAGCAUAUAUAGGAAGAGUUGCGGUGACCGUCAGUUUGUGUAAUAUUGGGGCCGAACUAUGCUUUUUGUGCAAAUCAUUUUGUUGCACCUAGAUACUGACUUUUUCGGAAUAGGAGUUUUUCUUUUGCUUCAAGGGCUGAUAUGGUCGAGAUUGAUCAUAACCCUGCUGGUAUUGUUGUAGAAAAUAUGUUAAUCAAAAGGGAUUGGAUAAGAACAAUGGAGCUCAAGCUACUUCCUCAGGUAAUGUCAGGCAGAAGCAUAUUUGACUUGUAUCAAUGAAUGAAAUACAGU